AAACUAGGUGGGCGAACGGGGUUUAGCAAGGUUGCACAAGAUGGUUGUGCACUGCAUAUGCGCUAUCAUUUGAUGAUAGUAUAUAUGAUGAUAUAUAUAAAAUUCAUCAAGUAGUCACUAGUGAAAAGAUAAUCCUAGCAGUAACAAGUUUACCAAGGAGUGUUGUGUGGUGAGUGACAAUUAAUGGCAAACCUGAAACUGAAAAACAAGCUCUCUAGGUUGAGUGGAGCAGCUUCUCUAUCAGUGGCGUUGUGCUGUGCACCGCAAUUCUCGCGGUGAUCUUACCAACCUGGGGGAGGAGAGCGAGGCUAUACGCCGUUGGAAAUCAUAAGAGGUGUGUGUACAGACAUAACAUAAUGGUAUACUAAAACUUGAGUUUCCCGAAACUUGUUGGCUGAUAAACUGUGAACGAGAAUUCUGCUGAAGAGCACCAUGGCGCACGCCAGUUACUCCCCCUCACGCAUCAGGGGCCUGUCGGUGCGGGAUAUUCGCUUCCCCACCUCCUUGGAGCUCGACGGAUCGGAUGCAAUUCAUCCCGACCCCGACUACUCGUGUGCUUACGUCAUCCUGUACACUGAUACCACCUUCAAGGGACACGGCAUCGCCUUCACCAUUGGAAGGGGAAAUGAGCUAGUGGUGGCGGCGGUAAAGUCUCUGUCGCACGUGGUGGUUGGAAAGCCACUCCGAAAGAUCUUCGACGACUUCGCCGGCAUCUGGCGGGCCCUCACUUCCGAGUCACAGAUGAGAUGGGUGGGACCAGAGAAGGGCGUGAUUCACUUAGCUGUGGCAGCCAUUACCAAUGCUCUGUGGGACCUGUGGGCACGCAUCGAGCACAAGCCACUAUGGAAGCUGCUUGCCGAUAUGGAACCUGAAAGACUGGUGUCCACUAUUGAUUUCAGAUACAUCGGUGAUGUACUGAAGAAAGAGGAGGCAAUACAGAUGCUCAAAGACAUGCAACCAGGGAAGGAGGUGAGAGAAGAGAGAAUGUUGUCGCGAGGUUAUCCUGCCUAUACCACGGCUGCAGGUUGGCUGGGCUACAGUGAGGAGAAGAUCGAACAGUUGCUGAAAGGAUUCAUGUCGCAAGGCUGGAGGCACUUCAAAAUCAAGGUGGGGCAAGACCUUGAAGACGACAAACGGAGAUGCAAGAUUGUACGCAAAAUCAUAGGCGACGAGAGAACACUGAUGGUGGAUGCCAACCAGAAGUGGGAUGUGGAUCAAGCCAUCGAGUGGAUGAAGGAGUUGGCACCCUACAAACCCUUGUGGAUUGAAGAGCCCACAAGUCCUGACGACGUCUUGGGUCACACUACCAUUGCCAAGGCUCUCAGGCCGCUCGGUAUUGGGGUGGCGACUGGAGAGAUGUGUCACAACAGGGUGAUCUUCAAGCAGCUUCUGCAGGCUGGUGCUAUCGACUACUGCCAGAUUGAUGCUUGCAGGAUGGGUGGCGUGAACGAGGUCCUUUCCGUGUACCUCAUGGCAAAAAAGUUCAAUGUUCCCGUGUGUCCUCACGCCGGCGGGGUCGGCCUAUGCGAGAUGGUUCAGCACCUACAAAUGUGGGAUUACGUGAGUGUGUCGGGCACCACCAAAGACCGCAUGAUUGAGUACGUGGGGAUUCUCUCCGAGCACUUCAAAAACCCCAGAAGAAUCAAUAGAUGUCACUACAUCGCCCCGAAGGUGCCUGGCUACAGCGUUGAGAUGUGGGAGAAAUCUCUGCUGGACUAUGAGUACCCUUAUGGUCCCAAGUGGAAGAAGCUAUUCCUUGAUGGAAAAUACCGGGACCCUCAGACCAGCCCGCCGCCAUGGGUGGAGCGUCGCCUGUCCGGAGACAUCAACAUGCGCUAAACAAGGGACAGACAACCAUUGGUUAACUAAAGCCAGAUUCUCCCUAUAUCUAAUUUUGAUGAAAAAAAAAAAAAAUAGAUAAAUAAAAUAAACAAAUAAAUAAAUAAAAACAAAAAAAUAAAUCAAAUAAAAAAAAAUUGGUGAAAAGGACUUGAUCACUCGUUUCUGACACACACACACACACACACACACAACGUGAUCAUACAGCAUACUUGCCUGCUUGUCUGUGCUAUCGGGACAUCCUUUCCACUGCCGUGUGUAUUUACCUAGUUGUAUUGUACAGGGCACGAGCUAAAGCUCAUUUUGUCCUGUCUCCAUAUCCAUGGGGACAUGACAAAAUGUGUGUGUGUGUGUGUGUGUGUGUGUGUGUGUGUGUGUGAUAGAUAUCUUUGGUACCACAACGCACUCACAACAGAACAGGAAUGUUGAAGUGGAAAACUAGGAGCUAGUUACAUGAAAACAACAAAUAAAUAGUGCAUAUACUUCUAUUGAAGCAGAAAGAUGACAUGUUUUCCUGUGUAACCUUGAAAUAUUGCGCAAUGGACUACUUUUGUAAAUAUCUAGUAAAGACUGAUUAUAGCUAUACUGUGCUUGUAUUUGCUUUCGACAUUAUAGAUAAUGACAAAACUGCACUUUUGUUUUGUUCAUAUGAAUUCUUAUUGGGAUGGCUCUUCUUUUUUUACAGAGCCAAAAUUUGGCUCUGUAAAAACGAUUAAUAAAGUCACGCAAUAAAGGGAA